GGGAGAAGGGGACUGAUUGCUAGCUUGGGAGCUAACGAUUAUAGAAACGGGGUUGAACGUGGAAAUGUUUCACACGGUGGGCUUCCUUUCCUAAAAGCGUACAUUAGAUACCUGUUUGUGACGAAGAGGCCUGGACCGGCCGUUUUCAAACAGAACCAACAUACAUUUACGCUUAUAUUGUAGCUAACCAUCGCGCCGUGUAGCCACAGCAGCGCCAGUCGGAGCCCGUCUCCAAAACAAGAAUGGGGUCUAGGUCCACAGCACGGUUUAGGUAAAGUGACCUUUGGUUGUGUACUCUAAAUGGCAAAUUUCACGAAUUACCAAGAAAGCAAAGCCGCUAUGUUGUUAGUGGAGACGCAACAGAGGGGCAUCGGGACGAAGCCAGCGGCAGCCAAUGAUGGAGACACCUCGGUAGGGGAACCCCCUUCCCCGUUAUUGAAUAUCGGUGGCGUCGGGGCCAGCGGAGCUCGUUUCCAUCAGCACUUGCCGCCCUCCAGCCACCAUCACUACCCCCAGAGCUCGCUGCCCAAAGGACAACAACACCCGCUGUCGCACCACUACCAGGCGGCGACGGAGCAUCAUCUCUCUGUUGAAAACAUCACGGAGUCCCCGGUAAGGAAAGCCUCGUCAUCGUCUUUGAACCUGGUACAGCAGGACCCCGCUGCUAGCCACCACGCACUCGCUGCGUCGGUAAACGCGGCGUCGGCCGCGAUACAACUAGCCGCGAAUGCUAACGUUAGCGUGGCUACCUCAGAAGGUGUAGUGGACGACAUUCAGAAGUGUGGCUAUCUGCGGAAACAGAAACACGGCCACAAGAGGUUUUUCGUGCUGAGGGCGGCCAGCCACCUAGGCCUCAGUCGGUUGGAGUACUAUGACAGCGAGAAAAAAUUCCGUAAUAGCCUGCGGUCUGCUGCUGCGGCAGCUGCAAACGGUACGGUCGCCCCUUCUCCCCCGAAAAGGGUGAUCUAUCUGUAUCAGUGCUUCACUGUCAACAAAAGAGCAGAUUCCAAAAACAAACACCUCAUAGCCCUCUACACUAAGGAUGAAUACUUUGCUAUUGUAGCUGAGAACGAGCAGGAACAAGAUGACUGGUACGUAGCCCUGAGUGAACUGAUGAGUGAGGGGAAAAAGGGGCAUCUAGACUCGGACGAGUUGGAUGACGGCUACGGUACCGUCACACCAGGUACGGUUUUCAAAGAGGUGUGGCAGGUGAACGUGAAACCCAAAGGACUGGGUCAGACCAAGAACCUCACAGGUGUGUAUCGUUUAUGCCUCUCUACUAAAACUAUCCACCUGGUCAAACUAAACUCUGAGACGCCAUGUGUCAACCUUCAGCUGAUGAACAUCAGACGCUGUGGACACUCAGAAAGCUUCUUCUUCAUGGAGGUGGGUCGGUCGUCCUCUAUAGGCCCUGGGGAGAUAUGGAUGCAGGUAGAUGACUCUGUAGUGGCCCAGAACAUGCACGAGACCAUCCUGGAGACCAUGAAGGCUCUGAAGGCCUUCGCUGAGAUCCGCCCCAGGAGCAAGAGCCAAUCUUCUGGCUCCAACCCCAUCGCUUUUAUCACCACCCGCCGUCACCUAGGUAACCUGCCUCCGAGCCAGACAGGUCUCCAGCGCCGCUCCAGGACCGAGUCGGUGGUUGGGACGCCGCCGUCGAGUAAGAGCUCUGGCGCCAGCGGCUAUCGCUUCCGAACAUCGAGCGAGGGUGAGGGGACGAUGAACCGGCCAUUCCGAUCCGUUACCGGCAGCCUGAUCCACCUGAACACUGCCCGGAUACACCUGGGGCGCCAGGAGGGCGGGGUAGGGGCAGGGAAUACCGGGAGCACCGGGGUAGUAGGGCGCUACGCCAGGGCACUACCAGGGUCCACCUACCACGCCCGCUCCGCAUCGCUCCCCGUCUCCCACUUUCCCUCCACCACCUCCCCCGUCAGCGUGUCCAGCAGCAGCGGGCACGGCUCGGUCUCCGAUACCCUUACCCGGCCCUCCUCAGCGUCCAUCUGCGGUUCCCCCUCCGACGGAGGCUUCAACUCCUCAGACGAGUACGGCUCCAGCCCUGGGGACUUCCGCUACUUCAGGGUCCGGAGCAACACUCCUGAUUCCCUUGGCAACACCCCACCAAUCAGAGAAGAGAACUGCAUGAGCGACUACAUGGCCAUGGGCUGGCACCGUGAGGUGUUCGGAGCCGCCAGCGGUGGAGGGAGUAGCUCUGGCAGCGUGGAGACCCCCAACCGGGACGAGAGCACAUCGACGGAUGACGACAGGUCCCUGAGGAGACGGACCCACUCGUUCACGCGGCCCGGGGGUCAGGGGGGUGUUGCCGGCGGCAGCAGUGGCGUGACGGUGUACCAGAAGAUGACCCAGACCACCUUCUCGCUGGACGAGUCGGUGUCCGUGGGAGAGGCCCUGUCUCUCGGCCGCACCGACAGCAUCACCCAGCCUUCCUCCUCUUCUUCUUCCCUCCGCUCUGACUACAGCUCCUGCUCCGAGCACAGCCAGGGCCGACCCCCUCCUUCUUUGGCCAAGGAGGACAGCGGCUACAUGCCCAUGUUGUGUGGGGUGGCAGCCUCACCCUGUGAUGCACCGGACUACAUGCCUAUGCAACCCAGCUCCCCCUCUCUUCACCACCACUCUCCCCAGCCCUCCCACUCUCCCCAGGCCCCCCGCUCAGCCCAACAGCCCACAGACCCCCGUGGUUACAUGAUGAUGCUACCAGGGGGGCGGAGCUCCUCUUCCCCAGUCCAGGCCUCCCCCAGCCCCCACAGCAGUAGCAGUAACAUGGGUCUGGGUGGAGGUAGUGUCAGUAGUUCUGGUAGUAUAGUGGAGCGGCCCGAGAAUGGAGAGUACAUGGACAUGUCGUACAGCAGUAGCGGAGGAGGUGGAGGGGACGCGGCAGGGGGGCGGAAGUUCUCCAACGAGGGGGGAUACUACGAACUGAGCAACCCUGAAGGGAGAGACCCCAAAUCAUACAGCUACAGCCCCUACUUCUCCCUGCCUCGCUCCUACAAGGCCCCCGCUGCGAGAGAGAGGGAACAGAGAGAGAGGGAACAGAGAGAGAGGGAACAGAGAGAGAGGGAACAGAGAGAGAGGGAACCGAGAGCGCAUGAUGAGUAUGUACCCAUGAGCUCCCCGGCGAAACCAGUCUACUCCCAGGUUGCUACCGGCAACAUCGCCGAGAGGGGCGUGACGACGAGGGGUAUUGGUAGUGGGGGGUCAGACACCCCUCACAUCCUCCCUCACGCCUACCCGCCCCCUCCCUACGGGGUGCACCACCAAGCGGCUAACGGUGACCGUCGGACGACCCCGGUCCGGCCCAACCGCCUCCCCCUAGGGCGCCGCAGCUUCCACGGGUCACUGAGGGUCAGCGAGCCAGACGCCGCCGAGGUACUCUCCAGCCCUGGAGAGUACAUCAACAUCGAGUUUGGGGGCCGGUACGGACCCCCAACGUCCUGCCCCCUCUCUGCCCAGGAUGGCUCACCCUCGGUGGGCUCUGCUGAGCAGCGUCGCUCCCCUCCCCACCCCCAUCCUCAGAACCAGGACUAUAUGAGUGUAGAGGUGGGAGGUGGAGGUGGGGGUGAUGGAGGACGCCUGGCUAAGAACAAGUCUCCCAGACCCUCACUGGUGGCUCCCUGGAACCCACCCAGCUACAUCCGACCUCUUGCCGCUGGAGCCUCCGUGAGUGGGGCCCCUAGUUCUUCUGGAGCUCGAUGGCGGACGGGGACAGAUGACUACACAGAUAUGACCUUUAACCUCAGCAGGGGUGAGGAGUCGCGGGGGUUACGGAGUAGUCCCACGGCCAUGCUGCAGCACCUGUGUUUGAUGGAGAGCUGCUACCCCCCCACCUUAACCCCCACCUCUGCCUCCCCUCCCUCCUCCAGCCCCCAGCCUGAGCCCAUCAAGGUGGUACGCGCGGACCCCCAGGGGCGACGCCGACACAGCUCCGAAACGUUUUCCUCAUCCUCCACCUCCGGAGGAGGCGGAGCCACAAGCUCCAGCACCAACCCCUCCGCGGGCUCAGCCAACCCCUCGGCCCUCAACGUAGCUCAUCUGGCCGAGAGCUCCAAGUGGACCGGCUCUGGCUCCUUUGACAGUGUGUGGAUGUGUGUUGAGGGGAUAGGGGGGGACUCGGCCGGUCUCCCUGCCCGUCCAGGGCCUUCUGAUCUGAGCAUGGCCUCAGCCUCAUCUGUGUGUCCUCCUGGGGGUCGGAUGUGCAGGAACAUGUCUGUGGGGUAUCAGAACGGACUCAACUACAUCGCCCUGGAGCUGAGAGAGGACCGGGACUCUAACCCUCUACCCGUACCCCAGCAGCAGCAGGGAGGCACCGGGCAUGGUACCGGGGUGACCCCCAACGCCCCCCAAGCCAGUAACCUGACUGUGCCAGUAGCGGAGGACAGCGGAGCCUAUGGCAGUAUAGACUUCAUCAAGUCAGACGGGAUGACUGCCACGUCCCAGGACUGAUGGAGGAAGCUGAGAAUGGAGCAUCACAGACUCCCUCUACCGUGGCCUUCAACACCCACACACCACACUUUGAUCUUCAAUCCCUCAACCUCGACCCCAAGGUCAGCCCACGAGGUCACGCCCCCUCUGAGCAACAUCACCAAGACGACAGAAAAUGAAGACUGAAUGCGACACAUUUGUGUUUAUUUUGUUUGCUAACUUUUUUUUUUAUAUAUAUAUAUUUUUUCUUCUCAGACCUGGUUCUGAGGCUGCUGUCAAUGUUAAUGGACUUUAGUUCUGACUUUCUUUCUGAUCUAACAGUACGAAAAGGGAGCUUUGCUUAAACACUUGAGUAUGGCUGUAUAACAAUAAUAAGUCCUAGAGACGGGGUGGAGACUGGUCAGUACAGGUUUCUCUUAAGACUUAAAUACACACUACUAUAUUUAUUGCCACAAUAGGUUUCAGGUGCGUUCAUUAUGUUAACAGGAUUUUAUUGAGUAUUUUUGUACAGCUAACAGAGAACGGUACUGGACUCAACGAUGGUCCCAGUUUUCCUGAUGAAAAAUAUUUUCCGUAAAAGAAGCAGGUACUUUAUUUCCACUUAAGGGCCUUUAUUAACACAGGUCUGGUACUGUGUUUGUGAGAAACUUACACACACACACACACACACACGUCAGUGUGUCCUGUUUAGGCUAGGCGACACCCGCUGUUUCUGUGAUUCCACUAGUCAGUCAGUAGAGCUGCUGGGUCACACACACACACACAUGGGGGCUGGAUGUUGUUAGGGGUUCCAGUAACCUGACUCUACCCCCAAGGUGCAAUGUGCUGGGCAUACUUGCCCCCCUGUGCAACACACACGGACACACACACACACACACACACACACACACUCAAUACACGGAUACACACAUGGACACACUCAAUACACACAUGGACACACACUCAAUA